AUGGACAACUCGAAUCCGUUCCAACAAACCUUCUCAAGCAGCAACAGAGAAGAUGUUUUCUCAGGACCUGAGGAAUUGUCCUCCAACUCAAAUUCGCCCAGCUCUGCUGCUUACACAACUGAUGGGAGGGCCUCACCCAGUGGCUCAACUUCUACAACAACAGAAAGUGGCCGAGUGAGUAUUGCUUCUGUCCCAGCAGCUUGUCUAGCUUGUCGAGGCAAACACUUGAAGUGUGAUGGUGUGAAUCCUUGCUCUCGAUGCUUGAGCUCUGGCUCCGAAUGCAUCUACGUGGCUUCAAGACGUGGUUACAAAGGCCCUCGACGAAAUACGCCACGAAAACAGAACAAACGACCCAGUGUAUCCCCUUCUCGGGCAAGGAGUCGCAGUAAUGUAGGCUCAUCUUCAUUCAAAUCAGUUCACACGACACCCCUAGGUUCUCCUGGUUUUCUUAGCCCCAACAUGACUGAUGACAUCUACAACUCUUCCUUCUCGACCCCUUUCCUAGACCCUGCAUUGACUGGCAGCAGCAAUAACGAGACCGAUAUUUCCUUCUUUCAGCCGUAUGCCACAACGGACGCGUCAAACGAUAUGUACAACAUGUUUGCGACUCAACAACACGAACAUAUUCCCACGUAUAACCCGGUGCCUACACUACCUGAACGCUGUAUAGAUUAUUUCUACAGCCACUUUUACGCCGCCCAUCCAUUUGUAUUGCCGCGAGAGUACCUUCUGAGUAUCGCCGAGGAGAGUUCGGUCGAGCCUGUUCUCGCUGUGAUGCGCUGGAUAGGCUCUUUAUAUAUCCCAGCAUGCCCACACCGCGCUCACUUCUUCCAAGAAGCACACCAAGCGGUCUACAAGUCCCACCGUGGCAAGGAUGGCUUUAGAGUCCAGGCUUUGCUACUUCUUCUGAUCGGAUUGGACGGACAGGGGCAGCAAGAACAGGCCCGGGAGAUGCUGGCUGAAGCUGCAGAGAUGGCUGUCGAGAUUGGCCUCAACACACAGUCGUUUGCAACUACACACGGACGGGGUAUCCCGGUGAUGGAGGAGAGUUGGCGGAGAACAUGGUGGGAUCUUUAUGUGGUGGAUGGACUGAUCGCUGGAUUACAUCGAAGGACAAGUUUUCUUCUGUUCGAUAUCACUUGUGACGUUGCGCUUCCUUGCGAGGAGCAGCAGUAUCUCUCAGGUAAUAUCCCACAAGUCUUAUAUCUUCAAGACGUAAUCGGCGUUUAUUUUCCUGGUGUAAACCGCGAGCUCUCGUCCUUCACCUACCGUAUUUUAGCCAUCCAAAAUCUCGGAAAGCUCUUGAGCGGCCCACCAGUUUCUGGAUCCGAGGCCCUGAAGAUCGACCAUAUUGAGACUUUGCUCACCAAAUGGCGACUUGAUUUACCGCGAUCGAAACUGAAUCCUCAAUACCACGGGCACCCUGACGAGAUGAUGUUUCAGGGGCACAUGAUAACGCAUGCAACGUCUAUUCUCCUCCAUCAGCCACAUUCACAGCUGAACUCGUUGUUGACCCAAUCUACGAAUUUGAGCUCUUCUGUCUCCUCUAUAGACACCCUGAACACACAUACCAAACACACGAUACAUGCUGCUACAGAGAUCAGCAAGCUCGCCACCUACCGCGUCCCGUUACUUUCACAUACCCCCUUCCUUAACUACGUGACGACAAUGUCAUCCACAGUGCACCUCAGCAGGUGGGCUCUCUUUUAUAUGAUCCACGACGGGGACAACCUGCGUCACUUGAUUCGUCUCAACACAGGAGCCAUCUCCAAAAUGUCCCUAGUAUGGGGUGCUGCAGAACGCGAGAGACGGUCAAUGAAGGGUAUGGCGCAGGAGAUCUAUCAGGUCAAGAAGCAGCAUCAAUCCAUGUCCCAGUUUUGGUUGGGUAUAACCCACGAAGAGGCGAUCAACAUGAUUGCGGCGGAUGAUUCUAUUAUUCAUGAAUUUGAGAGCGUGCAGGGCAUGCCUAGCAUGAUGGGCUAA